UUCUUUCCUCCAGCGAGGUCGUCCUCUCCAACAUCAACCACAGCCUGUCUGGCAUCUGGGAGUGCCAGGUGACCAGUUCCCGUGGCAACAGGUCCAGACAGAUGGAGAUCCUUGUGUUGGAGACGUCAGCACCCUACUGCUCAGCAGACAGGGUCAACAGCAACAAGGGGGACUUCAGGUGGCCAAAGACCCUGGCAGGGAUACUGGCCUUCCUGCCCUGUGCUCCAUCCACAUUUGGCUAUGCCCUCCACCCUUCUGGUGCCGCUUCACACCACCGCACUCAGAGGGAGAAGAAGGCCUGGCGACGCUGUGACCGGGCAGGCCGGUGGGCAGAGGAUGACUAUACCCAGUGCCCAUAUGCCAGCYAGGUGACUCGCAUACUGCAUGAGCUCACCCAGAUGACCAUCAACACCAGCAAUGCCCAGCCGUUAGCCCAGCAGUUGGUAGCCUUCACCAGCAGGGCGGGGGACUUCAGCGAUGUGAUGGAUGUCAUCUUUGUCACACACCUGCUAGGGGACUAUAUCUCUGACAUAGCCAGUAACAUGAUGRUGGUGGAGGAACACAUCCUGUGGAUGGCUCAGAACGAGGCCAGGGCAUGUACACGCAUUGUCCAGUGUGUGGAGCGCAUCGCCGACCUGGCUCUCACCAUAGACACGCAGGUCAUAUCAAAGGUGUCCCCAAACAUAGCCAUGGAGGCCUUUCUGAUCAGGCCGUCUAACUUCCAGGGUCUUUCGUGUAUGGCAGUACAGAGAGCCCCCCUYCCACCCUUCUCUGGUCAGAGGAACCAGGAUGCCAUCGGGGACACGCUGCUCAACUUCAAAUGUCACACGGUCAACGGCGGCYGCUCCCCCGCCAGCCAACUCAGCAAGUGUAUUCUGUGCGACUGA